CACUCCUAUUGUCCUAAACUGGUGAUUCAGGCCUUUCAGCCCUUUGCAGAACUUUGGCCCUUUGGAGGCAGGGCAGUCAGCAGGGGGAGGUCUAGCCCCCAGCUCUAUUUCUGAGUGGCUUAACUGGCUCCAACCACCCAAUCAGCCCUGAUCAGAUGGAAGCGCCCGGGGCUAUUUCCCUGCAGCUGGGAGUCAAUGCACUGUGUGCUCUAAAGCUGCGCCUGCCCUUGGGGCUGCCCACUCCCUCUUCUGAUCCCCUGGGCGGGGGAGAGACCUAUCUAAGCAGGGCUUGGACUACAUCUCCCAGCGUGCCUGUCAGAGUGGUGGCCUCUGUGCGUCGGCUGCACCCGUUGCGGGCAACAAUGCAGCGGGCUGGGAGCAUGAUGUCCCGUCUGGGCUCGUGUCUCCAGGCGCUCCCCUCGGCCCUGCGCCGUUCUCUCAGUAGUGCACAGGACGUGCUCCGCAGGACACCACUCUAUGACUUCCACCUGGCCCAUGGCGGGAAGAUGGUGGCAUUCGCAGGCUGGAAUCUGCCUGUGCAGUACCGGGACAGCCACGUUGACUCACACCUGCAUACACGCCGGCACUGCUCGCUCUUUGACGUAUCCCACAUGCUGCAGACCAAGAUAUUUGGCCAUGACCGGGUGAAGCUGAUGGAAAGUCUAGUGGUUGGAGAUAUUGCAGAGCUAAAGCCAAACCAGGGAACACUGUCGCUGUUUACCAAUGAGGCUGGCGGCAUCUUAGAUGACUUGAUUGUGACCAACACCUCUGAGGGACACCUGUAUGUGGUGUCCAAUGCUGGCUGCUGGGAAAAGGACCUGACCCUCAUGCAGGACAAGGUUAGGGAGCUUCAGAACAUGGGCAACGAUGUGGGCCUGGAGGUGAUGGAUAAUGCCUUGCUAGCCCUGCAAGGCCCCACUGCGGCCCAGGUGCUACAGGCUGGCGUGGCAGAUGAUCUGAGGAAACUGCCCUUCAUGACCAGUGCUGUGAUGGAGGUGUUUGGCGUGUCUGGCUGCCGUGUGACCCGCUGUGGCUACACAGGAGAGGAUGGUGUGGAGAUCUCGGUGCUCGCCGCUGAGGCAGUCCGCCUGGCAACAGCUCUGUUGGAAAACCCAGAGGUGAAGCUGGCAGGUCUGGCGGCCCGGGACAGCCUGCGCCUGGAGGCAGGCCUCUGCCUGUAUGGGAACGACAUUGAUGAGCACACCACACCUGUGGAAGGCAGCCUCAGUUGGACAUUGGGGAAGCGCCGCCGAGCUGCCAUGGACUUCCCAGGAGCCUCAGUCAUUGUUCCCCAGCUGAAGGGCAAGGUGCAGCGGAGGCGUGUGGGGUUAACGUGUGAGGGGGCUCCUGUGCGGGCGCACAACCCCAUCCUGAGUACGGAGGGUACCGUGCUUGGUGCUGUGACCAGUGGCUGCCCCUCACCCUGCCUAAAGAAGAAUGUGGCGAUGGGUUAUGUGCCCUAUGAGUACAGUCGGCCAGGUACCCUGCUGCUGGUAGAGGUGCGGCGAAAGCAGCAGAUGGCCAUGGUCAGCAAGAUGCCCUUUGUGCCCACAAACUAUUAUACCCUUAAGUGAGGAUGACUUGGAGCGGGGCCCUCUCCUCCAGGAGCCUUACCCUGGAGGGCAUUGUACAAGGGGCUAGGGGUUUGUACAAGGGGUUUGUCAGGAAGCUGAGGCAGAACACACUUGGGGUGGCUAGGUGGAGGCUGGUACUGGUUGUCUGGGUAACGGGGUCACACCACAUAUUCCCACUUCAUCCUGUGCCACUUGCAACUUCAAGACCCCAUUUCUGAGUGAUGGACCAGCCCACGGUCCCAUUUACCCCACUCUUGCCUGCUGGAGAAGCAUCAGUUCUGGCACCUCGCCCUUCCACUCUGCCAGGUGCUGCCUGUGGAGCAAAGGCUCACCUUUAGGGGGAGGAGAAAGCCUGCCCAACCUACCUCACCACGGUUUCUCACACUGCAAAGGGUCACUACCUUGGGCAGUGCCGGCUACCUCCUCUGGUUCACUUUCCAUGAAUUCAAACUGUUGCCUCUUCCUGGGCAGGGAUGAUUCCUGACUCACAGAGGGUUGGCCUAGUAGGGCUGUGGUGCCCGUGUGUAAACUUGGGGAUGGCUGAGGGGGGCAUGGACUCAUUCUUCCACAUUCUCCAGUUGGCCCAGCCUGCUGCCCAGCAGCCAGCCAUGCCAGGCUCACCACCUGUUCUGAGCCCCAGGGCUGUUGUAGGGCAGGCUGGGCCUCCUCCCAGACUUGCCUUAUCCUGGGCUGACCUCCAUCCCUGGGACUUAUUACUGGACUCCACUGACCCCUAAAGAAAAUAAAACAUUAAAUGAG